AUACCACCGUUUACAUACUUGCAUGAAGUGAACUCAUCCUGGCUUAUGGACAGAGGCAUUGAAUACCAAUUCCUUCAUCUAAUGAGUGGUCAUUUCAAUUUCACGUAUCGUCUCAUUAGAUGUUAUGCAAUGGGCGCUAAACAGGCAAACAAUACCUGGACUGGCCUUUUGGGACUUAUUAAUCAAACGAUGGCUGACAUAGCGUUAGGCGGUAUAUCCCUAACCGAUGAGCGGUCAGAUGCGGCCCAUUUCUCGCAGCCACACAUUCAAACGGGCUGUAUCGAUAGUGACGUGAGAGACAAUUUUAUGGACAUCAAGUGGUUAGUGGUUAAUACGGCUCUCCGUCAACAAUGUCCUGUAUGUAUACCACACAGACUGCGGCUACUGAUGGUGUUUUGGCUAUUGGCUACUCUUGUACUCACAUCCAGUUAUAGCGGCUGUUUGUACUCAUUGAUGGCUUUUCCCACCCGUACGAAGACUAUCAAUACGGUGGAAGAGUUGGCCACCGCUCAAUCACAGCAUACAAUACAAGUAAUGGCCACAAAGAAUGGCGCAUAUUAUAAUAUGAUUAUGAAAUCUAAUACAGGGGUUGGGAUGGAGUUAAAAAAGGGGUUGAAAGGUGUGUCCAAUACUAUUGCGGGCAUUAAUAUGAUUGCGAAGAGCGACAAACAAUUGGCCCAAAUAUCGUUUCGUGAGGCACUCAUAUACAACAUGUAUAAGUCGGGCGCCACUCGGCUUCAUAUACCGCCCGACACCGACGAGUCUACACUAUUCAUGGAUCUGUUAACAGUUGGCUUUCGCAAAGACUUUCCAUAUAAAAAUGAAAUUAAUAAAUUCAUAUCAGGUGUGAAAAAGUCUGGACUCAUGGACUUUUGGAAAGUGAGCGAAAUGCGAAGAAUCAUAUCAGGUGUGAAAAAGUCUGGACUCAUGGACUUUUGGAAAAUACCGCCGUUUGUAUAUUUACGUGAAGUAAACGGCACAUGGAUUAUGAACAGAGGCAUUGAGGCUGAGCUCCUGCACCUCAUGAGCCGUAUGGAGUUGAAAAGAUAUACCCGCAGUUUGACCUGUUGUUAUGUACCUGACUUGAGAAGCCCGAUUAACGAGAUUGUAUUGCGACAGAAUUCAAGUCUUCCACUUAUACCCGGCUCAUUGCGACCCGUGUUUACGGGCUGGUUGUGGGCGUGUCUGGUGCUCACCUCCAGCUAUAGUGGGUGUCUAUACUCUCUCAUGUCUUUCCCAACCCGUGUUAAGACCAUUAAUACAGUGGAAGAGUUGGCCGAAGCGCAGAGGGAGCACAGAGUUCGGGUGAUUGCCACCACCAGCGAUGCUUAUUAUGAGGCUGACAUUGGUUUGUCGGGUAUAAGCGUAACAGAGCAGCGCCGGGAAGUGUCUGAGUUUACUGAAUCUCAUUUCAUAACUGCGUUAUUUGCGAUUAUAAUCUCUAUAUAUCUCAUACAACACGUGCGAUACGAUGGAUGCAAAAUAAGUAUAAAGUGGACGGUUGUAGAGAUUGUAUUGCGACAGAAUUCAAGCCUUCCACUUAUACCCGGCUCAUUGCGACCCGUGUUUACGGGCUGGUUGUGGGCGUGUCUGGUGCUCACCUCCAGCUAUAGUGGGUGUCUAUACUCUCUCAUGUCUUUCCCAACCCGUGUUAAGACCAUUAAUACAGUGGAAGAGUUGGCCGAAGCGCAGAGGGAGCACAGAGUUCGGGUGAUUGCCACCACCAGCGAUGCUUAUUAUGAUAUGAUCAGGAACUCAAAGACAGGUUUAGGUCAGUAUUUGGCGAGUGAUUUGAUUGGCAGCGAAACCGACGGCAAAGCUGUGGACGCCGUGAAGACUAGCGAUAAGGAGUUGGCGUUCAUUACGUUUCGCGAGGCCUUACAGUACGAAAUGCUUAAGUCGGGCGCCGAUAGCUUUUACAUACCGCCCGAGUCCGAGGAUUCUGUACUGUUUCGCGAUAUACUUGCGGUUCCCAUGCGUAAGGACUUUGAGCACAAGAUCGCUGUCAAUAGAUUCAUAGCGUCGGUUAAAAAGUCCGGUUUUAUAGACUAUUGGAGAGCUGUUGAGAUGAGACAGAUAUCCAUUGACUUCAAUGCAAUUCAUACAUACAUUGACAUGAAUUCAAAUGUAAAUCAAGACAAUCACAACUUCAUACCAAUAUAUUUAUCGCAAUUAAAUAGCGCUAUAUUUGCUUUCAUGAUCGAUUGUGUGCAACAAAAUAUUCUUAAAAAGAAAUAA